GUCGAAGUCCUCUCUGGAACGUCUCCUCCGUCAGCCCUUGUGUCCUUGCCUGUGCUCCAGAGAAGAUGAGUUGGUUGGUGGUCAUGUUCACUCGUGUCAUAGUUGAUGGAACCAGCUGCGCACCCAGUAGCAUCUGCGUGGCCGGCGAAUGUGCUCCACUUGGAUGCGACAACGUGUUGUUUUCUUCAGCCGUUCCUGAUAUGUGUGGCAUUUGUGCCGGCGACAACUCCACCUGUUACCACAAACAUGGCGUCAUUAAAAAGAACCUGACGAGAGGCUACGAGGAACUUCUUCGUUUACCAAAAUUUGCAAGGAAAAUCAAGAUAUUUGCUAGAGCAGAAGGCAACAUAAUUCUAGCACUCCGCAGUGAAGAAGGCGAGUAUUUAUUGAAUGGUAAUACCAACAAGAAGUCUCCCAGUGUCACCAAACUGGUGUCUGGUGCCAUCUUCUAUUAUCACCAUUCUGUCUACAAAGCAAGAGGAUUGGAGACACUUCACGCGGAAGGAACCAUAGACAGAGACCUUGUAGUCCUUGGUUUCACGUCAAAGAAGAACACAGAUAUUCAGCUGAAGUACGAAUACAUAGUUACAUUCAACAACGCCACGAUAAAAAGUAAGGAAAUGACAGUGAAAAAUGAACCGAGUUUUACAUGGCAAACACUUCUGGACAGUCAGCUCUUCUUUGACUAUAAUCCAGUCCAUGCCCGUCCUCACAGUAAGAACCCAACUGAAGGAUUAGCUACGCGAGCAUUGUUAAGACCACAUCCCGCUUCGUCUGUAUAUCCUUCUGAUGGGCACUUCAAGACAGCUCCGUCUUCGUAUGGGCCGAAUAUAUCACCAGGAAAGUUUAAAGAAAGCGACGCUUAUUCAGCUAAUGUAAACGAUAGCAAAGUUAGUAAGAAACACCACAGGAACAAUCACAGACGUGUAGAGGAGCGAAAUAUUCAUUAUUAUUCUUCUUUAGGACCAGCAUCUCCUUUACCUUUGGCACUUUCAAUACAUGAUAGAAACCAGGAACUCAGGAAGCAUAUCUAUGUGAAAAUAGUAUCUCCGUCUUCAUCACCGACAUUUUCGUCAACUUCGAAAAGUAGGAAACGAAGCAAGACUAAAACGAAUAAAAAUAGGACGCUGGAGAAAAGCAACACGAAAAACAGAACCGCUCGAUAUUUUCCGAAAAUCUCUUCGAUUUCUCAACGUCAAAGAAAAGCAAGAAAUAAUCAAAAUGAAAGUGUUCAAGUUAGCUCCCCGAAGAAAAAGCGAUUUCCCGUUUUCCUUCCUGCCCUGUCGACGGUCAAAGAGAACUUGAAUACCUACCGGAAGAAAGGCGUGAGGAAGUCAUCACAUCUUAAUAAUUCCUCUGUAGAUCACAAUAAUGUUGAAGCUGAUGGUCACUUGUUGAUCUACUCCUGGCGAGCCAACAUUAUCAGUCCUUGCAGCUUAACUUGUGAUACAGAAUCUAAAGUCUGA